AUGCCGAAAUCCAAGAAGCAGCCCCUGAACACGGCGAGUAAAGCUCUCUUUACCACAUGGUUGCGUGGUUCAAAGUCAGCUCCUGCGAUCAUGGCAUACAAGGAAGAAGAAUCUGGCGAAAGUUCUACAUCUUUCAGCACAUCAGUGUCUAGUUCGAGUCUUUUCAAGGAGCUCUCGGAUGAUACCCCAAGUUAUAUGGGUCUGCCGGUCACUAAGCCCUCUCAGGAGUAUAUAGUAUUCUCUGCUAUUUGGUUCGAGACGUACGAGCUCUGGAACUACUUCCUGACCAAGCUCGGAGGUGCCAUGAUCAAGGUCGGCCUCUAA